UCUAAUAGUGACAGCGAUGAAAUGUCGUUUGUCAAUACUGACAUCAGUGCAGUCACAUCACUACAACAUACAAUGGCAGAAGACACAGAGAAUAUGGUUCUUGAAUAUUCCAGUAGUGACAUGGAUGGAGAGUUUUUUCAGAAUACUGCCAACAUUGAUAUGCCCACUGAAAAUUUAGAAGAGGAGUUAAAGAGGUGGAUCAAUGAAUAUAAUAUCAAGCACAAUGCUGCAGAAAAACUGCUCAAAAUUCUCAGGAAUCACGGGCAUAAACACCUGCCAUCUACUACUAAAACAUUAUUAAAAACGGAUCCUGUUGAAAGCCAAAUGGUGUCUGGUGUGGAAUGCAUUAAAUUAGGAGUGACUGAACAAUUAAUCAUGUGCUUGAAUCGGUAUCCCUACAAUUAUGCAAAAGACAUCACUGAGCUUGAGAUUUCCCUCAAUGUAGAUGGACUGCCACUCUUUAAGAGCACUGGUAAAUCUUUCUGGCCUGUACUCUGCACAGUACAUCUAAAACCAGCAAGCACAUUUCCUUUGACCAUUGCCCUCACUGAGGCCAAGCCCAAAUCACUGGACUUCAUUAAAGUCAUAUCAGAUGAACUGAAAAUGAUUCUAAUGAAUGGCUUUGCAUGGGGAGAAACAACACUCAAUGUAAGAUUGAGAUGCAUUACCUGUGAUGCACCAGCAAAAGCCAUGCUGAAGUGCAUCAAACAAUUCUCAGGUUACUAUGGCUGUGACAAAUGCACCCAAAAAGGCAACUGGGAGGGGCGCAUCACUUACCAACAAGUGCAUGACCUCACUUUGAGGAACGAUGUCUCAUUUAGAGAGCAACACCAACCAGAACAUCAUCACGAAAAUGCUGUGUCCCCUUUCAGCAAUCUCCAAAUUGACAUGAUCAAGUCUUUCCCUGCUGACUACAUGCACCAGUGCUGCCUGGGAGUGAUGAGAAAAAUGCUCCUACUAUGGUCACAGGGCAAGUCGGGGCAACGACUAUCGCCGGCUCAGCUGAGGGAGGUCAAUCAGAGGCUAAGGAACUUGAGAAAUGACAUACCCCAUAUUUUUGCCAGGAAGCCACGCAGUCUGGAGGAAUUGGAGAGGUGGAAGGCCACUGAAUUCAGGCAGUUUAUGCUCUACACUGGCAAAGUUGUUCUCCGGGGAAUCCUGCCAGAAACCCUAUACAGUCAUUUCAUGGCCUUUAGUGUGGCUUUGUGUAUACUAGUGUCUCCACAUUUAACACAAACCCACAAUGUGUAUGCCCAUGAACUCCUCACAUAUUUUGUAGAACAAGGCCGGCACAUAUAUGGGAAAGAAUUCCUAGUGUACAAUGUGCACUCACUGCUUCACCUCACUGCUGAUGCCACCACAUAUGGAUCAUUAGACAAAUGCAGUGCCUUUGCGUUUGAGAGCUACAUGCACCAGCUGAAGAAGAUGGUUAGAUCAGGAAACCAUGUUCUAGUCCAAGCAGCAAAACGGCUCCAAGAACGUUCACAGAUUCCUAUACAAACAAGUGAAGAGAAACCAAUACAAUUGAAACAUCCUAAUAAUGUUUACAUUGUUAGCCCAACAUCCUGCUGUGAAGUUCUGGAGAGGACCAACUCCGGAAAGCUCUUAUGUAGAGUAUUCUCGCACUUAACGUCGUACCUUUACGAGCCAUGUGACUCGAUGAUCUAUGGAGCCUAUGUAUGUGGUCCAUCAAAGAUGGAGAUCCUGGACAAGGCAAACUUGCAAGGAAGGGCAAUGAUCCUUGAGGAUGGGCAUGGCCGCAAAGUUGUCUUUUCUCUCCUUCAUGACCUUGAUUAAUGAAAUAUGGAAAUAUGUUGGAUUUUACAUAGUUAUUUUUGAACAAGAAAAUGCAAUUGCUGUGGCGCCUGCAUUAUGGGUAGAGGAGGUGAAUGGGGUUCUGAUUUGCUACUGGCCCCGUAGAAACGCUGCUGCCAUGGCAAAGGCCUCCCAAAGGCCAGAUAAGGAGCUCUGGAAGCGGCACAAAAUAAGAAUACUC